CAGAUCGAUCUGCUAUCGUGUUCGUGCAUUAGUCUAGUUGUAGUACAUUAGUACUUUCUAGUAUGGCCCCCGAGAACUCGAUAAUUAGAUUUAGAUAUCGUACAUUUAAUUUAAUUUUUUUUCUUCUUCUUCUUUAUCUUAAUCCGUAAAGACGCUUGUGCCAGAGUGUCGUGCAAUUAUGGUACAUGUAUCAACGAGGGCACGUCGUACAGAUGCGAAUGCCAUCGAGGAUAUGAAGGCGCAGUAUGUGAUCGACAAAUCGAUCCGUGCGCGAACUUUGUUUGCUACAACGAAGGUGUAUGUACGGUUCAACAGGAUAGUCAACCUGUGUGUCAAUGUGCACCAGGUUUUCGCGGACCGAAUUGUUAUGAAUCCGAUGACUCCUGUGAAAAUGUCAAUUGCAAUUAUGGACGAUGUCUGACUAACCGGCAUGAUGGUACACCGUACUGUGAAUGUAUGCCUGGUUAUAUGGGUGUCGUGUGCUUGGAUGCAGCGAAUGCUGAUGACGGUAUUGAUCCAUGUUUACGCUACGAUUGCUCAGGUGGUACCUGCACGAAUGAUCGAGGUGUCCCUCGGUGUAUAUGUCCAGCGGGCCGUGUAGGAAGUCAUUGUCAAGAGGAUGUUUGUGCAGUGUAUCCAUGUGCAAAUAAUGGCCAAUGUGUUCCGGAAGGAAAUAGUCGACGAUGUAUUUGUUCACCACCCUAUUACGGUGAUGAUUGUCGAGAUGUUCAUCGACCCAAUCCAUGCGAUAAUGUAUACUGUGCGUAUGGUCAAUGUCGAGAGGGUAUUUGUGAAUGUCAUUCAGGAUAUACAGGAGCACGAUGUGAUAUUCCACCUGCCGAUCUCUGUGCUGGUAUCAAUUGUAAUCACGGAACAUGUCAUGAAGGUCGUUGUUUAUGUCCGGAAGGCUACACAGGAUAUCAUUGUGAAACUCCACUUGCUACUCCACCUCCAAUCUCUUAUGUCGCUUCAACUUUACCUCGAGAGCCAUUAACGGCCUCUGUCAUUGGCCCUAAAAAAGGACAAUUAAUUGAUUAUGGGCGUGUAUUGGGUGCUCGUGCCGGUCCCAUCGGAUGGAUCUUGGCAAUUGUCAGCGCUCUACUUCUAAUUCCACUCGCAUUAGCUUUUGCUGCACGUAAAUGUACACAUGGCGCGUGCUUGCCAGGCGGUACUCGUUCAGGCUACUUACCAGUAUUAACAGGAACAUCAGCACUUUAUACUGGUCCUGCAAGCCAUGCAGUACGUGAUUUACAAUUAAUUGAUCAACGUGGCGAUAAUAUGGCCGCAUCAGCAGCUGCUGGAUCAUCCGGUGGAUUGGAAACAACGCGUAUCGAACAGACACGCGAAAUCGUUAGAGAAUACGGCGGUAUGGAUACCGCAGGUGGUAUUUUCACUACAUAUCCAACACUUUCAUCUCGUUAUGGUGAUUUUGCACGCGAUGCUCAUCAUCAACAAUCAUCGGCAGCCUAUUCUCAACAACACGUCAUCGAAACAGAUUAUCAUGCACCACCUGUCGGAGAUUUUGGUUAUGGUCGUGGCAUGGCCACGGAAGGAUAUCGUGAUACAUUCGAAUCAUGGGAGAAUGCUGGCGGUGGCUAUUCAAUGAAUGCCAUGUUUGCGGACGGUGGCCUUCAAACAGACUAUGAACUAAGUAAUAUCAAUUCGGUUAGCAUGACACCUAAUGGAAAAUAUGCAAUCGUUGGACAAAGUCAAGGACCUCCGCAAAUCUGGGACGCUGUUAACGGUCAACUCGUAUCAAGUAUGCAAGGAACCAGUGUCAAUUGUAGUAAAGUGGCCUUGGCGUGUAGUGGCACACUCUUGGUUGGAUUGGCUAGUGACGGUGUCGAUGCUCAACCAUGUGUACUUCAAAUCUGGGAUGUUAAUACCGGCAAACCGGUUCAAUUGACUCAUCAAAUAAAAUGUGCCACAUUCACAUUAAGUAACAACUCAAAUAAUCUAGUUAUGGCUGGUAAUCAAAAAUACGGACGUGGUAUAUCAGUUGGCAUUCUCGAUUUGAAUAAUUCCGAAUUGACAAAAGAAAUCAAAUCAGAUACAAAUCAGUCUUAUGGUGGCUCACCUUCAUUUAUCAGUUUGACUCCUGAUGAACGUCAUGCAAUUGUUGGCUGCCCAUCAGGUCCAGGUUCAACAACAUUUGUCGUGUUUGACUUAACAACCCAACAAGAAUUGAUUCAACCACCAACAAUAGCAUUAGAUUCUGAUCCAAAAUGUUCGAUCGUUUUGAAUAAUGAACAAAUGGUAACCGGAACAAAGAACGGACAAUUAGUUCUUUGGGAUAUCGCGUCAUGUCAACGUUUACACACAUUAAAUGACAAUGGACAAAAUGCACACCGUGAUCGUAUUACUGAUUUAAAAUUAUCACCCGAUCGUUCAUGUUUUGUUUCAACAAGUGCCGAUGGUACAGGCAAAGUUUGGGAUUCGAAUUCCAAAGAAUUGGUUUCAAAAUUAGUUGGACAUAAACGAGAAAUUACUUGUUCAUGUAUUUCAACGAAUCAAUUAGUUGCAACUGGUUCGAAAGAUCAAAAUAUAUGUUUAUGGCGUUUACAGACGGGUCAAAUCGCGUCGACAAUGCCUGUUGGUAUGACACCAGUUGAUAUACAUAUGGCUGCACAUAAUCGAACAAUAGUUGCCAUCGGUGACAAAGAUGGUGAAAGACAAUUACUAAUGCUUCGCGUUGUCUCUGUACAACGAUAA